AUGGAUAAAGUUUUUAGAAAAAAGUUAGGAAUCUUUGUAAUUCCAUAUCUUGAUGAUAUAAUAAUAUAUUUCAAAAGUAUCGAAGACCAUAAAGAUUAUUUAAAAUUAGUAGUAAACAGAUUAAAAUCAGCAGGGGUGAGACUUAAUAAAAAGAAAUGCCACUUCUUUAAAACGAAGAUUAAAGUAUUGGAAAACAUUGUCACAGAGGGUUGCAUAAAGCCCGACCCAGAAAAGGUUAAGGCAAUAAGAGAAUAUCCUGCACCAAAUACUAUAAAAGAAUUAAGAUCAUUCCUGGGAACAGUGAGCUACUGCAGAAGAUUUAUCGUUGACUACGCCUUGAUAGUUGCUCCACUUAACAAUUUACUUAAAGGCAAAACAAGAAGAAGCACAAAGAGAAUAAGUUAG